UGUACCUCCACUUCCACAAGCGGCGCUGUGGCAACCGCACCUGUAGGUCGCAGGCUCCCGACUGCCCCGCGCGGCUCCGCCCCUCCCUGGCAACAGCCCUCCCGCCCAUUGGGCCAGCGUGGGCGCGGCCGUCCAAUGGAGCGAGGCGUUGGUUCAAAGAGGCGCCACCAUCUUGGGGAGCUGGGACGCCCGUGUCGCUCGGCGGCCGCGGGAGGAGGGUAGGCAGGUGGGCCUGGUCUCGUGGUCUUGCCCCUGUCCUGUUCCACCCCGAGCCGAGAUGCCGCAGUACCAGACCUGGGAGGAGUUCAGCCGCGCGGCCGAGAAGCUCUAUCUCGCCGACCCCAUGAAGGCACGUGUGGUUCUCAAAUACAGGCAUUCGGAUGGGAGUUUGUGUAUGAAAGUAACAGAUGAUUUAGUUUGUUUGAUGUAUAGAACAGACCAAGCUCAAGAUGUUAAGAAGAUUGAGAAAUUCCACAGUCAGCUAAUGAGACUUAUGGUAGCCAAGGAGUCCCGGAAUGUUACCAUGGAAACAGAAUGACUGGUUUGAAAUGAAGAUUCUGUUUGUCGUGUUCUUAGGAAGUAAAUAUCUUUUGAAUUUGAGAAAAUGUCAAAACAGAAAAUACUGUGUGUAACGAAAUGGACUAUUCAAAAACCAAGAGAUCAUUUUUUUGUAUUUUCUUGUUAAUGUUUAGUUUAGAGAGCUAGAAAUGUAAAUGCUUUCUAUUAGAAAGCCUUUAUGUAUUUUUGGAAAUUGAACAAGAAUUGUAUCUAUCUUGGAAACUUGUGGAUUUGAUGUUGGGUAAAAUAUAUAAUUCUUUGAUAAAUUUGUAUCAGUAAUUUGAAAAUGAGAUAUCAAGAAAAACCAAUUCUUCCAUCAAUUUAGUUGAUCUGUCUUUAAAAGAAAAUGAUAUGUAACCAUUUUGUUAGAUUGAUAUAUAUAUCUUUUGGAGAAUAAGAUUUGUGCUGUUGAUGACCAGUAAACGUAAAAUACGGUAACUAGAAUUAACUGUGCAUCAUAAUAUACCUGACUGUGUGUAGCAGUGUAGUCAUUAUACCUAAAAAGUAAUUAUGAAUAACAAGUAUGCUUUUCUUUAACCUUUCCAGCUUUAAGCUGUAAUUUAUAGUGUAAGGGAUUUAUAGUAUCAGCUUGUUGAGCAGUAACAAACUUUGCAAAAUCUGGCUUUCAGUACUUAAAAGCAACAGCAGUUAUUUGAAUGCAUGAAAGGAAUGAUGAUCACUGUAAUGUACUGAAACCACCACAUUACAGAAGUAUUUACUACAUAUUUCUCACCUAUAGUUUCUCAGAAGGGCUAAAGAUUAUUUGAACCAUUGAAUCUUCCCAUACCUCUGUGACACCCCCUGCUCACUUUUUUCUCUCUUCUUAACCAAGGUGUUAAACAUGACUGUCACAACUGUUCGUUAUAUGUGUAUUUUCUGGUAAACUAGAAGUGUGAUGUGUAUUAUUUGAUAUUUUUCUUACAUUUGUAAGCUGAGUUUUAGCAUCUAAAUGUAAUCGUCACAUGUUGAUUCCUCACUAUUAAAAUGAGUAACUUUAAUCUUA